AUCCUUUUGUUUUGCCCUUCGCUUAUUUAUGCACUGCGCUGUUCACAGCAGCCUCUUGUUAUUUACUGAGUCGCGCCUGCGAGCGGAGGAGAGCACAUAGAAACAAUUAAAAAGGAUACUCCUUUGGAUUGGGUUUUUGGAGAAACGAGAAGAGAUAAAAAUUCCAAAAAAUAAAAUAAUAUGAUAUCAACUCACCAUCCCCGAUUAAGCAGGAAAUGCGGCACAAACAUUGAGACUGUUUUUUGAGCUCAAGGGUGUUCCUCUCUCUGUAAGUUGCCCAUGCAGGGGCUUUUGGUUCUAGAAUGCAUGGGAGAUCAAAUACUUCGAGAUCUGGCUUCUAUAUGAAGAUGGAUAUAUGGAGUUUCAACAAGAAAGCUCCAAUCUUGGGGUGUUAUCCACAACGACCUCAAGACAUUUCUCUUCUUCUUCAUCGGCAUUUGUCUCUGCAAGUCAGUCGCCCUUUUUCUCUCCACGUUCACCACAGGCUCAAGAACCCGAGCCAAUCCUCAGAAACUCUUGCAGUGGUCUUAUUAUAAAUGGGGAUCUUUCUACUUCCACUAUAGUUGUUAAGCAACCCAAAUGCAUAUCUAAUCUCAAUUUUGUGCUUUCUGAUGUUUCACCUGCACCUAGCUUUUGCCCGUCAAGUAAUUUUGAAACCCCAGUAACUGUCUUCAGAGAGAAUGGCAUUUGUAGCUCCUCUAAUUAUAGCCAAGGACGAAGAGGGAAGCUAAAGAGAACAGGAAGAUGCAAGCUUUCAUUUGUUCGACCUUCUCCUUCAGUCUCCUCUUCCAGUAGGCUAAGAAGCUGUGAUGUCUACAUUGGAUUUCAUGGGAGAAAACCUUCAUUAUUGAGAUUUGCCAAUUGGCUUCGUGCUGAGCUUGAACUUCAAGGCAUCAGUUGUUUUGCAUCUGACAGAGCUCGGUGUAGGAACUCAAGGAGCCAUGAGACAGUUCAAAAAGCAAUGAAUGCAUCCUCCUUUGGAGUGGUGAUCCUCACUAGGAAGUCAUUUGGUAAUGCUUACACCAUUGAGGAGCUUCGACAUUUCUUGGGUAAGAAGAAUCUAUGCCCAAUUUUCUUUGAUUUGGGUGUCGGCGAUUGCUUGGCGAGAGAUAUAAUUGAAAAAAGGGGAGAAUUGUGGGAAAAACAUGGAGGUGAGCUUUGGGUUCAUUAUGAUGGAUUAGAGAAAGAAUGGAGAGCAGCAGUUGAUGGGCUUUCUCGGUUAUUGGAUUGGCAAUUGGAGGCCUAUGAUGGAAAUUGGAGAGAUUGCAUAUCAAAUGCAGUGGUUCUUUUAGCUACGAGAUUAGGAAGGAGAAGUGCAGUAGAGAGAGUAAAUAGAUGGAGAGAAAGAGUGGAGAAGGAGGAGUUUCCUUUCCCUCGAAACGAAGAUUUUGUUGGGAGAAAAAAGGAAAUCUCUGAAUUAGAGCUCAUUUUAUUUGGAGAUGUAAGCAGAGACUGCGAAAGCGAAUAUUUUGAGAUCAAAACCAGACACAAGAGGAAAAAUUUGAUGAUUGAGCGGUCGAAGAACUAUCGAGGAGAUGAGAAUGCAACUGCAGAGCAAUCAGAGAGCAAAUCUGAGAAGGAAAUAGAAAUGCUCAGGGUGGGAAGUCCACAGAGGCAACUCCGUCCUCUGAGAACGAAGAAUUGCGCAAAUUAUGGGAGAAGAAAGCGAUCAACAAAGAUAUUAUAUGGAAAAGGAGUUGCUUGUGUCUCCGGAGAUUCAGGAAUUGGUAAAACUGAACUCAUAUUGGAGUAUGCAUACAGAUUUUCUCAAAGAUACAAGAUGGUCUUGUGGGUGGGAGGAGAAAAUCGAUAUAUCCGUCAAAACUAUUUGAAUCUUCGUAAUUUUCUCGAAAUUGACCUCAGCAUUGAACACCACUCUCUUGAGAAAGGAAAGGUGAAGUGCUUCGAGGAGCAAGAAGAAGACGCAAUAGCCAAAGUUCGAAAGGAGUUCAUGAGAGACAUUCCCUUUUUAGUUGUGAUUGAUAAUUUGGAGAGUGAAAAAGAUUGGUGGGAUCGAAAGAGUAUUAUGGAUCUCCUCCCUCGUUUUGGGGGAGAAACUCACUUCAUAAUCACAACUCGUCUCCCUCGAGUAAUGAACUUGGAGCCAAUGAAGCUUUCUUAUUUAUCGGGCAUUGAGGCAUUAUCUUUGAUGAAGGGAGGAGUAAGGGAUUACCCGAUUGCAGAAAUCGAUGCACUCAGAGAAAUCGAAGAGAAACUUGGCAGGCUUACACUGGGUCUUGGUAUUAUAGGAGCUAUUCUCUCAGAACUCCCUAUAACUCCUAGCAGACUUCUUGAUACUAUAAAUCGAAUGCCCUUGCGAGGUCCAACAUGGAAUGAUAAAGAAGUGAUAACUUUAAAGCGAAACCCUUUUCUGGUUCAGCUUCUAGAUGUUUGCCUAUCGAUAUUUGACCAUGCUGAUGGACCGAGGAGUUUAGCAACGAGAAUGGUUCAGGUCAGUGGUUGGUUUGCUCCUAGUCCAAUCCCAAUCCCUCUCUUAGCUUUGACUGCGCACAAAAUCCCAAGAAAGCACCGGCGCUCUAGGGUUUGGAGAAAAUGCGUUGAUGCAAUAACCUGCAGCUUCUCAGCAUCUUACAUGAAGAGAUCAGAGGCAGAAGCAGCUUCAAUGUUGACAAGAUUUGGGAUUGCAAGAAACAGCACAAAACCUGAUUGUAUCCAUUUUCACGAGAUUAUCAAGCUCUAUGCUCGCAAGAGAGGAUCAUCAAGAAUUGCACAGGCUAUGAUUCAAUCAGUUUAUCUCCGAGGCUCAAUCCCUCAGUACCCUGAACACUUGUGGGCUGCUUGCUUCUUGCUAUUUGGUUUUGGGAAUGAUCCAGUAGUCAUCGAACCAAGCCCAUCAGAGUUACUAUUGUUUGUGAAACGCGUGGUUCUUCCUCUCGCUGUACACACAUUCAUCACUUUCUCUCGUUGCGAUGCAGCAUUGGAGCUUUUGAGAUUAUGUACCGAUACACUAGAGCUCACUGCUGAAUCUAUGGUCUCGAGAGCUGAGAAAUGGCUAGAUCGAUCAUUUUGCUGCUUAAAGCCUGCGCAUUCUGAUGCACAGUAUACAUAUUUAUGGCAGGAGCUUGCAUUGAUGAGGGCUACUGUAUUGGAAACACGAGUGAAAUUGAUGCUUAAAGGGGGGCAAUUUGAUAUUGGAGAUGAUUUAAUCAGAAAGGCGAUUUUUAUCAGGACAUCAAUAUGUGGAGAGCAUCAUCCGGAUACAGUAUCAGCUCGAAAUACACUGGGGAAACUUACCAGGCUUCUUACAAAUAUUCAGAGUUGAGAUUAAUGUUAGUUUAUUUUCCUUUAUUUAUAGAGCAACAUAUUAUUCUUUUAUCCGAUUUCAUAGAGAUCAUAUAAAAUCUGGUAGCAUCAAAUAAGAGCUGUUCUUCUUUUUUUUUUUUCCCUCCUUAUUUUGUAACGGUGGUUUGGCUAAUUUAGAUUCUGUAGUCCAUUUCAGUUUUGCCUGUGUAGUUGUAGAAACUGUAAUACUGAUAUAGUGUUUUUUGCUCUCUAUUCUACUUGUCCUUUGAAUUA